UCCGCUAUAAUGCCGGCUACUCGAGCAACCAGCGCAACAUCUCUGUCGCAACAGCAGAGGCAAUAUGGCAAUAGUUUCUUCAAAUCAUCUCAGGAGGGUGGUUUCGGGUUCGUUGUCCAGUGUGGACGAUUGGAGUCUGCUCUACAGUGGUACCAGUGUGCUUCCAGCUGCAGCCUCAAUGAAGAUGAUGCGGUCUCGGCAAUCAAGAAUAUUGCCAUGACAACCUGGAAGUUGGCUUCUCUGCACGGGUCAGCGAUAGACAGGAAUCAGAAGUUACAGAAGGUCAUUGCCAGACGUUACUUCAAUGCAGAGGCGGCUCUUCCGUUAUGA